AUGGCGGAAACGAACAGCACUGAGAAUGCAAAGAAACAGAAGACGGUGAUGCUUGUGGCGCAGGUGUCUGAUCACCAGAUGCGCAUCGAAGUUCUGGAGGGUGAAAAAGAGCUGUUGAGGAUGGAGAUGGAGAGCUUCAAGACAGUUGCAGAGACGUACGAAAAGCGCCUCGAGACCGCAAUUGAUCGGCUCGAUAAACAGGCCAGGCUCAUUGGCGGACUGCAAGACUUGGCAUCAGAGCUGCAGGCGCAGAACUCGUACCUGGGGCGGCCAAGCCCAUUCGAGAUCUUCUCAUAUCUGAUGCUGAGGAGAGCGUGA